CCAUGCGAGCAGACUGCGGUACGACUCGAGGCUCUCCGGAUCGCGCUGAGUCACGCGCAAGACUGCCGCAUGCGCGGCGAGGGCUUGGACCAGGCGCUUGAUACACUUGGACAAGGCAACGAAGCAAGAAUGCGGGCGCAUCGUAUCAAUGAGGACGGUCGUCGCGACCAGCACAACAAGCGUGAGCACUUCCGCAUCGAACCUUCCCCUCGGACCACGGCUGCAGGAGCUGCCAGGUGAGCUUCAUCACAGAAAAGGCGUUCACCCAUGCCGAGAAGCUUGCUUGGACCUCGCCAAUCGUCACGGCGAUCGGGCCGCUAAAUUGCGGCCAGGCAGCUUAUAUGGUGGGCAAGAGAGUCUGCCGGUGCCGCGUUUUCACGACCGGCCGUCCGUGUGUUAUGUCGACAGUGACAACGUGGCGCAGUUACUGGUUCAGCAUGAGGGCACCCCGCACGCUUGUCACAUCAGGUCGCCAUACUCUCCGUCGUAGCAUGGUGCGAGGGCCAAAUACUGACGGAGCCUUCCAGCUCCCUCUAGGUCCACGAUGUCCAAGCAGUAUUUCGAUGGCGAGAUCGCUUGGAACAAUCUGGGCCACACGAUGGUAUGUGGGAACGA